GCUAUUCACCAUGAAAAUCCUACCUUGAUCUGUCCUCGGCAUGUUUGAUGGGAACAAUUUAGAGGGAACGUUAUUCUGUAUCCAAACCCUUACUGACCCUUGGUCUGGCAGUGUUUGCCAGAAUGAGUCUAAUGUGCAGAAGCUUCUGAAAACUGGUGUCAAACAUUUUCUCUCUGAUCAGUAAUUACUCCAUUUGUUUCCCUGAUAGAAUGGCGCAGAAAUAUUAUGAAUAUGCUAAUUAUAAAGAGGACCACGUUCUGGAGCAGAAGAAACUGCCAAAAGGAGCAUCUUACCAAUAUGUCAUCAUCUUCCAGUCUAUCUUCUACUUUCUGUUUAACCUCAGUUUUGUGUUUGCCGAGAUGCCCAUGGCCUUUUUCCUGAAUCGCUAUCUCUACCAGUCCAACCACACCCUCUACGCUGUCAAGCACUGCGGUAAGAGAGCUCGGCUGAAAGAGAAAAUCAUAAGAGUAAAUGUCAACUGCACAAGGCCAUAGUCAGAGAGAGAUACCAAUGUUUAGGGUGUAGGUUUGCUCACUGAGCUGUAGGUUUGAU